GAUAAAACUACAUGGUGUGAACCCACAAUCGAGCAGUGAGUUUGACGAUUAAAUAACAAAUAAAAAAUCUUUUUAAAUGUGAAAAUUCUAGACUUUUAUUCUGAAUGUCCGUGCAUGGCGGAAGUUGGAUGUUUUUUUUACUUCCUGAUGACGAUGUUCCGGUUUGUGUUUUUUGUAAACACAACAAGGUAACAUACAACCAGACAAACAAAAAACACCUGACUACGACGGUUACAAUAUUUGCUACCGAUCAAUUUCACCGGCUACUGUUUAGCUCAGCAUUGAGCGUUUAUUCCGCUAAUAGGCUGACGUCGCUUUUUCCGUCAAGUUUUUCACGGAAUGACAACAAACUGCCAGCCAUCAGCUAGCAGCUAGCCGAGCUAACGCCAGAACAACUGAGCUCCAGUUGACGCCUGCAGAGUGAGAGCAGUGGACCCUCUCAUGGUGGUCUCAGUUCAAUGGGGAACUGCCUGUUUUCACAAGGUGCGGAUGACCUGUCUCUGCUGAAUGAAUCCGAGGGGGGGAGUCUGCCCGGAGAGCCUCCGCCGCCCUACCAGUUUUUUGUCACAGACACAUGGAGCCACUGCAGAUGGCCUGAAGAGCCACAUGUGGCUCCGGAGCCGCAGGUUGCCUACCCCUCUGUUAACUACACCCCGGGGACUCAGGAGUCACCUCCGUAAUGAGCGCACUCAACCUAUGCCAGUGUACCAUCCCACCCCAGGGGAGAGUCGUCUGGCUUACCAGCUGACUGAGGAAGAGCAGGUGCGCAUUGCCCAGCGAAUUGGUCUCAUUCACCACCUGCCCAAAGGCAUCUUCGACCCGGGCUCUGACUCGUCUGAGAAGAAAGUUAAAGAGUGUGUGAUCUGCAUGAUGGAUUUUGAGUACGGCGACCCCAUUCGGUUCUUGCCCUGCCUUCACAUCUACCACGUAGAUUGCAUCGACCCCUGGCUGAUGCGCUCCUUCACCUGCCCCUCCUGCAUGGAGCCGGUUGAUGCAGCCCUGCUGUCCUCUUACGAAACCAACUGAGCAGCCCUGUGACGGAUGCUCCUGCCUGAAAGUAACUGCACCUUUUU